UUAGGGAAGCAGAUGAAUCUGGCGGUGCUUGGAAGUGGGAGGAGUGGGGAUUUGAGGAGAGGGGAUUCGAAAUGGAGGAUUGUUGAUACUUUUGGAGCGGCGUCGGUGGAGCCGUGGUUGGCGGCGCAUGGAGAUCCAUCGAGAUGUAUUCUCCUUGGUGUGAGCUGUGGAGCAAACAUUGCAGACUAUGUAGCUCGAAAGUCAGUGGAGGCUGGAAAACUCAUCGACCCUGUGAAGAUUGUGGCACAAGUUCUCAUGUACCCUUUCUUCAUUGGAAGUGUCCCUACCCACUCCGAAAUAAAACUCGCAAACUCCUACUUCUUCGAUAAGGCCAUGUGCAUUCUUGCAUGGAGACUCUUUCUUCCUGAGGAGGAAUUUGACUUGGAUCACCCAGCAGCAAAUCCUCUAAUUCCCAAUAGAGGCCCUCCCUUGAAAUGCAUGCCUCCAACUCUCACAGUGGUAGCAGAGCAUGAUUGGAUGAGAGAUAGAGCAAUUGCGUACUCUGAGGAGCUUCGAAAGGUUAAUGUUGACGCGCCUGUUCUAGAGUACAAGGAUGCAGUCCAUGAGUUCGCUACGCUCGACAUGCUCUUAAAAACACCGCAAGCUCAGGCUUGUGCUGAAGAUAUUGCUAUUUGGGUGAAGAAAUAUAUAUCGCUUCGGGGCCAUGAGUUCUCAUAUUAGAUAGGGUAGGAUUGGGAUGUACUAGUUUUGAAUGUAAUUGUUAUUUUAUCCACUUUGUUAUGGCUCUUAGAUUUUAGAAUGUAAUCAUAUCUUUAUUUUUUUGUAUAAUGUAUGAUAUGAAGAGUAAGGUCAAUUGGAUCUGAGGCUGUUUCUUUUUCUCUUGAGAGGCCAUCGAGAGUGUCCAUUCUUUCUUUCUGUAUCCUGAAUAGUCUGUAGUAUAAUACUUGAGGAACCGGAGUUGAGAAUAUGAUUAAAGCUGUCAAUUUUCC